UAUUCCCAGCUUCCACGCCUUUACAGCACGGAAUUAAUAGCUUUCCGUCAGCGAAUGCAUCUGACACAUGUUGAUACGCUCAUUUUCCCUCUAUGGACCAACAACCACUAUUCUGCGUACUGCUAUCAACCAACUGUUGGUCUUGUGUAUAGUGACUCCCUUGGACUUGAGCCCCCGUCAGAUGUACUCUGUGUCUUUGCGUGGCUUCUUGAGGGCCUUGGAUACCCUAUACCUCCCUGUGCUGUUCAUGCUCCAAUCCCUCUGCAGGGACCAGCAAGCGGGAGCUGUGGAGUUGCAGCAACAAGCUUCAUUGAAACACAGAUUAAUCCCAAUGCACCAGUAUGGAGUGGUGGAAACUCCGAACUGCUGCGCGACAGGUUCUUGAAGAAACUCUUGGCAUAUCAU